CCCAAGUUAGCUUAAUAUCAUACCAAACGUUGAUUUCCGUGUUGUUACAGUAUUUUCGGCAAUUUAUAUAUAUAUAGAUUCUUUCUGUCAGUGUUGUUAUUUAUUCCAGAAUAAAAACAAUGCCAAGUUCAGAUUCUGAUUCCGAUCAUGAACAACAGGAACGAGAAGACUGGAGUAGUACCCUCAGUUCCGCUCCACCUUAUGCUCCAGGAACAAGUGCUUAUCCGCCACCUGGUUUCCAGCAUCCUCACGUACCACCCCCGACACAGUCAGUUUAUCCGCCUGGUAUCGUGCAUCAGACUGGUUACUACACGACAAACAAUGCCGGACAGCAAGUUUAUGUUUCCCAAGUUACCAAAGUGAACAGAUCCACUUACGAUGACCUCAGAGGAGCAAUCCCGAUCAUGCCAAUGCCUCUGGCCAUAACUUGCUGCGUGUUGAACUUCUUUUUACCAGGGAUAGGAACCAUUACAGCAUCCUUUUGUGUUUUCUGCUGUGCAAAUAUUGGACAGUCGGCCGGAGGUAAGAUGGGUUGUUUCUGCCUCAACUUCUGGAUUGGUUGGCUUCAGCUCUUCACUGUUUGGUUAUUCCUUUUUGGCUGGAUUUGGAGCAUUAUGUGGGGAUGGGCGUUUGUCGCAGCUUCAGCCGAAUAUUACAGCAGUCGAACUCAGGCCGGUGUUACUACGACUGUUAUUACAGAGACACCAGUGACUUACGCACAUCGACCAUAGCGAUCACCAGCUACAUCAUAAAGAAGCAUAUUUUUCCAUUUGUGACUAAUUUUUGAUCAGAACGUAUACUGUGGAAUGUGCUUUGACGACAUUUCAUUGACUUAUUUCUACUUUUGUGUAAUUGUCAUUAUCAAGCGGGAAGGUUAAUUCAUGGUUUUGUUUUGCUUGGAUAUUUUCUAUACAGACCAUGCCAUAUCUGAUGAGGCCUCACAAAUCAACCCGCAAUCCGCUUUAUUGAAAUUGUGUCGUUUACAUAUCAGUUAGGCCUAUUCAAUCGCUCGGGAUAUGGUUUUCUAACGACAACAACAACUUUUUAUUUAAUAAUACAUAUUUAUAUUGGAAAUAUAUCUGUAUGGGUAUACCACUGUACUGAGAUAAGAGAAUGCAAUGACUGCUACUAGCACAUUCGUUUUUAGAUACAAAUUAUUUGUCUACAAGUGCAACAAUGCUGUGUUUUCAUUGUAGAAUACAUACAUAAAAUUUGAAAUAUACAUAUGGUAUUAUUUUACCCGUAGAGAAAUAUCAAUUGUUUUUUAUAGUUAUAAAGUUAAUUUUGCAGCAUAGAUUUUGAUAGGAAACUAAUUUAUCCGUUUAUUUUCGAAGCUGAUGCAUAUAAGCUAUCUUUUUCUUGUAAAUAAAUCAUUCAUAAUUCAUA